CGUCUAUCGUCGCGUGCGCACGCUACUCGUGUUUUGUAACGUUAAUCGCAUAGUUUCGGCUUUUUUUACUUGUGAUACAUUUUUAUGAUUUCACAAAUACUAUGAACUCAACAUAACACCAUGACAGAAAAAUCAGCAAUCCGCUUCGAAGAAGCGGAACGGAAGAAAACAGCCAUUCUUGCCUCGAUAGGAGCUGCUGGUGUGCUCCUGACAUGGCUCGUCAGAGGGUCGAGCCUCCUAAUGACUUCUGUGGCCCUGGUAUCCGCGUAUCUGAUGACCGGGGAUAGAUACCAAUGGGUGUACAUUUGGAAGAAGACGUUUUACAGGGACAUGUUAGGUCUCCGCGUACUCCUGAUCACCAUGUUCAAGAUCUGGAUGUGGGAGAAGAAGGGAAUGACCGUGGUGACCCGCUGGGCCGAGGUGGCUCGACAGGAACCUGACAAGAAAGCCUUCGUCAUGGGCGAUCGUCAUCUGACUUUCAGACAGGGCGAGGAAUUCAGCAACCGCAUCGCCUGGUACUUCAAACGCCAGGGUUUCAAGAGGGGCGAGGUCAUCGCUCUCUUCAUGGAGACCCAGCCAGAAUACGUGUUCAUCUGGCUAGGCCUGGCCAAGCUGCGUGUGACCACGGCUCUGGUCAACACGAAUCUUAGAGGCGCUCAGCUGACACAUUGCCUGAAGAUUGCUGGAUGUAAGGCGCUGGUGUUUGGAGAUGAGUUGUCGGAUGCCGUCAAAGAAAUCAGGAGUGAAAUCCACGACAUACCUCUCUUUCAAUUCAACUCUCCUGACCAUCCAGCACCAUCUCCCAUUCUUCAAGAUGCGUCACCACUAGCCUCAGAACUGACUGAGAUGAGCUCAGCACCUUUUACUGAAGCUGGUGUUGACAGCCCGCGGGACACGCUCAUGUAUAUUUAUACUAGUGGGACCACUGGCUUCCCUAAGGCUGCUGUCAUCACGAAUAUCAGAUACCUCCUAAUCCCACUAGGAGUCCACACAUCAGCUCGUCUGUCCUCAUCCGACGUGGUAUACGAUCCUCUGCCGCUCCACCACACGGCUGGCGGGGUGCUUGGAGCAGGUCAAGCUCUGGUGCUGGGCAGCACCGUGGUACUUCGGAAGAAGUUCUCCGCUUCCAACUAUUGGAGCGAUGUCGCGAAAUAUGGAUGCACUGCAGCUCAAUACAUCGGUGAGAUAUGCCGCUACCUCCUAGCGGUGCCACCUUCACCCAGCGACCAAGCGCACCGCGUACGCGUGAUAAUGGGCAAUGGACUAAGGCCGCAGAUCUGGCAGGAGUUUGUAGAGAGAUUCGGUGUUGAGAGGGUCAUGGAGUUCUAUGGGGCGACAGAGGGGAACAGCAAUUUGAUCAACUUGGAUUCUAAAGUGGGAGCCAUUGGAUUUUUGAGUCGACUUGUAUCAUCAAUUUAUCCUCUAACUCUAGUCAAAUGCGACGAAAUUACUGGUGAAAUUUUAAGGAACAGUGACGGCAGAUGUAUAAGUUGCGGACCUCAUGAACCUGGUCUAUUACUCGGCAAGAUAGACGCUAAAAAGGCUAUCCUCACAUUCGCGGGCUACGCUGACAAGACUGCUUCGGACAAGAAGAUGGUCCGCAAUGUGAAGAAAGAAGGAGACUGCUAUUUCAACACUGGAGACAUACUGGUUAUGGACCACUUCGGCUAUUUCUACUUUAAGGAUCGGACUGGAGAUACUUUCAGGAUCCCACACGUAGAAGGUAAAGCAGGUAUGGCGGCCAUCGCUGACCCGGAGAAGAAACUCGACAUCCCCUACCUCACCAAAGGUCUACGGUCUUCACUCCCUGCCUACGCUAGACCGCUGUUCCUCAGGGUCUUACCCGAACCUCCCCUAACUGCUACAUUCAAGCUGCGUAAAAAAGAUUUAAUAGAACAAAGCUACACUUUAGGUCUUCAUGAAGACCCCAUGUAUUUCUUAGAUCAGAAGACCGGGGAAUAUGUUCCUCUGACGAGGAAGCUGUAUGAUGAUAUAGUUAAAGGUGUCAUAAGACUGUGAUUCUUGCCAUUUUGCGGGUUAACUCUUACUCCUAUUUAGCUUCUAAAUUGUUUUUAAGUAGUAGAUGAAUGAGGGCUUGCACAAAAAAGACAACAAAAUAAACAGACUGAUCUACUUUAUCUGUAAUCUAUAGCAAACUAUCUUCAGAAGCUUCAAUCGAGAGUGCUGAGUGAAAUAUAUAUUUUUAAAAGAAGGUAAUGUUUUUCUCAAUUUUUUGAAAAAUAAAAAAUCUUUGUUAGCUCGAAUGCAGUACGUAAAGUAGAUUUGGAGAAAAGAAUCUCUAGAACAAUUGAAUCUGAAUGAAUCUGGUUUUCUGAUGGGUUUUGCAUGAUGAGCAAAAAAUUAUAUUUUCAUACCAAGCGACAUGGCAGAAAGGUUUAUUAGGUUAAAGAUUUCUUUAGAGAUAAACAGCAUUUAAAAAGUGACGCUCCGUGUCAGAAGAGUCUUUCUGCUACAUGCGUUAUAAAAAUUGACCUUUUCACAAGAAUUUAUAUUGUAUUUUUGAUAAAAUUACUUUACUUUAAUGCAUAAGGACCCUUCUCUUGAGGAAAGCCGCAAAAAUAUAUUGAGGAGGAGCAUCUGUUACAAGUGGACCAAUCAUUUUAGCAAUUUAAUUUUGUGAAUACAUUUUGUGAUAAAAAUGUGAUAAUUUAUACCAAAAUUUACUGUCCUGAAACAGAUCAGCCAUUUUAUUAUAUCUAAGAAUUAAUGAAUACUUAUAGGUAUAAUAUAGGAAUAUUAAAAUAAAUGUAUAUAAAGGAAAUCAUUGCUUUGAUUUUAGACAGUCCUAUCGAUUAUGACUGACGAUUUUUCUAACCCUUUUCCCCUUUUAAUAACUUAAAUUUAUCUUCUUCUUCUGCGUAUCAUUCUUGACAGAGUGGUCAUGGUCAUCAUUCUGUGUCCUGAGAGACACGUUUUACAAUUUUCUGCCAUUUUUCUCUGACGGCCAUAGAGGAAUGACUAAGGGAAGAGUAGUAACUCCAUACAUACUGAUACUAAAAUUACUACUGAA